CCCUGCCGCGCGCUGCGGUCCGUAGUGAGGCCCCGCCUCCGCGGCCCUCGGCGCCGCCUAGCCUGGCCCGCUUCCUACCCCACUGGAGCCGCGCGUGAGGACGGCUGAGACCGCAGAAGUGACUGGAAGAACAAUGCAUGCAUGUCUUUGACAUCAUGAUGUACAUCCGGCAAAGAAAAGAGGUAAAAACCACAGAAGUUUCUGAGGAUUUUCCAGCACAAAAAGAAAAUGUGAAGUUGGAAAAUAAAUUGUCUUCUGGUUGUGCCAGCCGAAGAUUUUGGAAGAUUCUGUCAUUUACAAUUGGAGGGACCAUUGCCCUUUGCAUUGGACUUCUUACAUCUGUCUACCUUGCCACCUUACAUGAGAAUGAUUUAUGGUUCUCUAAUAUUAAGGAAGUGGAGCGAGAAAUCUCAUUCAGAACAGAAUGUGGACUGUAUUACUCCUACUACAAGCAAAUGCUGCAGGCUCCAACCCUCAUGCAAGGUUUUCGUGGCUUAAUUUAUGAUAAUAAAACUGAAUCUAUGAGGACAAUUAACCUUCUUCAACGAAUGAAUAUUUACCAAGAGGUUUUUCUCAGUAUUUUAUAUAGAGUUCUACCCAUACAGAAAUACUUAGAGCCGGUUUAUUUUUAUAUUUACACUUUAUUUGGGCUCCAAGCAAUCUACGUCACGGCUCUUUACAUAACCAGCUGGCUUCUUAGUGGUACCUGGCUGUCAGGAAUGCUGGCAGCUUUCUGGUAUGUCACAAAUAGAAUAGAUACCACCAGAGUUGAGUUUACCAUCCCACUGAGGGAGAACUGGGCACUGCCCUUCUUUGCAAUUCAAAUAGCAGCGAUUACAUAUUUCCUGAGACCAAACUUGCAUUCUCUUUCUGAAAGGCUGACACUUCUCGCCAUUUUCAUAUCAACUUUUCUCUUUAGUCUGACAUGGCAAUUUAAUCAAUUUAUGAUGCUGAUGCAAGCAGUAGUGCUGUUCAUACUGGACUCCUUAGACAUGCUGCCAGCUGUGAAGGCCACAUGGCUGUAUGGAAUACAGAUAACAGGCUUACUCCUGGUCUGCGUUCUUCAGUUUUUUAAUUCCAUGAUUCUUGGCUCAUUGCUUAUCAGUUUUAACCUUUCAGUAUUAAUUGCAAGAAAACUUCAGAAAAACCUGAAAACUGGAAGCUUCUUUAAUAGGAUUGGGAAACUUUUGUUACAUUUAUUUGUAGUUUUCUGUUUGACACUUCUUCUCAACUGCAUUAUUAAGAAAAUUCUUAACCUGAAGUCAGAUGAACACAUAUUUAAAUUUCUAAAGGCAAAAUUUGGGUUUGGAGCAACAAGGGAUUUUGAUGCAAAUCUGUAUCUGUGUGAAGAAGCUUUUGGCCUCCUGCCCUUUAAUACAUUUGAAAGGCUUUCAGAUACCCUGCUUUUUUAUGCUUACAUAUUUGUUCUGUCCAUCACAGUGAUUGCAGCCUUAGUUGUUGCCUUUCAAAAUCUCAGUGAUGCUGCAAAUCAACAAUCCCUGGGUAAAAUGGGAAAAUGCACAGUUGACCUGAAACCAGAAACUGCUUACAACUUAAUACACACCAUUCUGUUUGGAUUCUUAGCAUUGAGUACCAUGAGGAUGAAGUACCUCUGGACAUCUCACAUGUGUGUGUUCGCGUCAUUUGGCUUAUGCAGCCCUGAGAUUUGGGAAUUGCUUCUGAAGUUGGUCCAUCUUUAUAACCCAAAGAGGAUAUGUAUAAUGCGAUAUUCAGUACCAAUAUUAAUACUGCUGUAUCUGUGCUACAAGUUCUGGCCAGGAAUGAUGGAUGAGCUCUCCGAGUUGAGAGAAUUCUAUGACCCAGAUACAGUGGAGCUGAUGAACUGGAUUAAUUCUCACACUCCAAGGAAGGCUGUGUUUGCUGGAAGCAUGCAGUUGCUGGCCGGAGUCAAGCUGUGCACGGGCAGGACCUUGACCAACCACCCGCACUAUGAAGACAACAGCCUGAGGGAGCGAACCAAAGCGGUUUAUCAGAUAUACGCAAAGAGGUCCCCAGAGGACGUGCAUGCCCUUCUAAGGUCCUUCGGCACUGACUACAUAAUCCUGGAAGACAGCAUAUGCUAUGAACGCAGGCACCACCGGGGCUGCCGGCUGCGGGACCUGCUUGAUGUCGCCAAUGGACACAUGAUGGAUGGCCCUGGAGAGAAUGAUCCAGAUUUGAAGCCUGCAGACCACCCUCGCUUCUGUGAAGAGAUAAAGAGGAACCUGCCCCCCUACGUGGCACACUUCACUCGAGUGUUUCAGAACAAAGCAUUCCAUGUCUACAAGCUGACCAGGAGCAAGUAAUGGAGAUCUCUGUCCAAUCUCUGUUUUGACACACUGAGACUCCCACAGCCCUGGAGUCUCCAUCCCUCUGCAGCUACCUGCUCCAGCCCAGCACAGCCAGGUGCCACUCCC